UUGAUUGAUGUUGUAAGCUCUGUUCAAGAUCAAACAUUCGUGACCAACUAUAUUCCUUGGGUUUGGCUGUCAAAUCUGUGCUGCUGCAGUCUGCCAACAAGGAUUUGCAAUUUGCUGAAAUUGCUUCUGGCCUGCUGCAAACGUCACUCACAAAUGUACUUUUGCAGCCAGGCACGUGUGUUGUGACUGAGUGUGUGACAGAGAAUAUCGUUGUUUGUGUCAUUUAGAGGGAAAAUGCGUGCAUUUGAGCAUUUGAGUCACUUUUCAAAAGUUGCUAAAAGUUUCAAAUACAUUUUUAAAAGUAGCUAAAUUUGUUGCUAGGUGCUGUUUGAAAAAAGGUAAGUCUGAAAAGUUGCUAAAUCUAGCAACAAAUUUGCUAAAUUGGCAUCACUGGGUGUAUAUGUGAAAAUCAACAAGCAGCCCAAUAGUCAGUACAUGUAAAACUUAAAAAUAAUUAAUAAUUAAUAAUAAUUAUGGGUGUCUCUCUUUUGUAAUGGGCUCUUACACCCUCUAGUGGUACAACUCGUAUUGUGCAGAAAUUGCAUUGAUAGGAUGCUUGAUAGUACAACAAGCUUUUCCUUUGGAACAAUUAAAAUAUUUGAACACCAGAAUCGUUGAUAAACAAGUAUAUGACUCGUUUGUCUGUGGUCCACGAAACAACGAUGCAUAUCACACAACUAUGUUGUUGAUGGAGGACAUUUCAUCAAUGGGGACCUCCAGCCAAAGCCUCAAGCCCAUGAUGGCGUCACCGGUCUCAGGUGUUACCGGAAGCGCAGGCUACGAUCUGAGUGAUGGACAGAGACAUUGAAGAGCAGGACCCCCUCGCUGUAGACCCUGUAGACAGAGAUGGGAGACAGAUGGGGGAUGCGGGAGGUGAUGAUGACGGGAAUAGGAAGGUUGGAUGCUGCGAGAGGUUCCAUCGCUCCAUCUCCAAGUGGAUGCUUCCGGAAGAACUCCACGAACAGUACCGGGAGCGAGCCAACUGCUGCCCCCCUCCCAUCUUCAUCAUCCUCAUCAGCAUCGGAGAGCUAGCAGUGUUUAUCUACUAUGCGGUGUGGAAGCCCCAGAAGCAGUGGGUCACCCUGGGCGAGGGCAUCUGGAACAGCCCUCUCACUUACAAGUCUGAUCGGCGGGAGGAGGCGUGGCGCUUCGUCUCCUACAUGUUUGUCCACGCUGGCGUGGAGCACAUCCUGGGCAACCUGGUGAUGCAGCUACUGCUGGGCAUCCCACUGGAGCUGGUCCACAAAGGCUUUGAAGUGGGCAUGGUCUACAUGGCAGGCGUCCUAGCAGGCUCCCUGGCCAGCUCCAUAUUUGAUCCCCACAGUGCUCUGGUAGGGGCCUCUGGGGGGGUAUAUGCCCUCAUAGGUGGAUACUUCAUGAACGCUGUUGUGAACUUCAGAGAGAUGAUUCCUCUCCUUGGAGUGUUUCGUAUUGGAGUGAUUGUGAUUAUCGUCGGGACAGAUGUCGGAUUCGCCCUUUACAGAAGAUUUCUUACUCACGACGUUGGCUUGAAGGUUUCGUUUGUGGCGCACAUUGGAGGAGGAGUGGCUGGGAUGACCAUUGGUUACGUGUUCUUCAGCGCCUACAACCAGAAGCUCCUGAAGGACCCGCGCUUUUGGCUUUGCAUAGUCGGCUACGUAGUCUUCAUCUUGUUCGCUGUGCUCUUCAACUUCUUCCUUUCCCCUGCAUAAUUUCACACUAUACAAAUGAAUGCGUUUUGAAUAACGGAAAUAGGACAUUUCAGGGACUUGGUAGGUUAUCUAAAAAAAUGUCAACCUCUACUGCAGGAGAGAAGAGAUUUAAAUUGAAAGAGGGAUUCCUAGUUGAAGUGUAGUAUUUCACUCAGCGCAAAUUAUCUUUGUUACAUGUUUUUUUUUGUGAUGUUGAUAAUGAAAUGCAUUAUUAAUUUGAUCUCUAGGUUUUGUACUGAACUCAAUAUACCUCAGUUAAUUGGUGUUACGGGUAUUUUAUUCCAUAUGAUGUUUGUCCUGAUUAGUCAGUGAGGUAGGACAUUAUUUCCCCAAGCAGGUCCUUUCCUCUAAGUUUUAGAUUGGCCUACAAGUGUGUGUGUUUAGGUGUGUUUUGGGGGAAUUUUCAAGCCAUCAGGAGCAAGUGUGUCAUCUGUUGGUUAACGGCAUGUCAAUUCAUAAACAAGCCAUGAGAAUGGCCCAAUGCCAGGUUAUUGUUUCACUUCCCCGUUGACAGGAUGAGACACUGUCUGACAAUAGCACAUAUCAAUGUUAAUCUGCUCACAUAUCCUUGGCUAAGCCUCUUUCAAGUAUAAUUUAUUGAAGGCAUGAUAUUAAUUUGUGUUUCUCUUUAGCUUUUGCUACUUGCCAGCAGUUUUGAAUUUCAGUCAGUCUGUUAAUCCUUUGUUUAGGAUGUUUGUAGGAUGUUUGUGUACAGUGGAACAGUAGAGGGCAGCACUUUCCAUUGUAUAUUAGGCAUUGUCUAUAUCAUUUCCAUUGUGCCACUGUGUAUUAGUCUACAUAACUGUUUAGUAUGACAGUCCAUGAGGAAAAGGUCAUUGAAAAGGCCUUAUCUCAUAUUUUUUUAUUGGUGAUAUCUUCAAAUGUUUUUCCUAAACUUAUUUGUGGUGAUAUUUGUUAGUUGGUAUGUGAAACCAAAUGGCGGUUCAACAAACCUCUAAGAAACCAAUACAUACUUUAGGUAUUUAUUAUGUAAUUACAACUUGUACAAUGUACUUUCAAAGUAUAUGUCAGGUAGAUAGCAUAAUAUUCCAAUUGUAAAUUACUUGUUUUGUAUUUGAAGCUCUUUUUAUCUCCAGACUCAAUCUUGUAUCUUUUCAUCACUUUUACAUUAAAUGUUAUUUUACAUUUC